AUGUUUCCAAUAUUUGCAGUUUUAAUUGGAUGUUUAAUAAUUUUUUAUGUAAUAUUUCUAUGGAACAAGUGGAAAUAUGUAAAAUUUUCUUGGAAAGUAAACGGUUUUUUUUCGCUCGUCUUACCAUUUACCGGAAACACUUAUAUAUAUUUAUUAACUGGCAAAAAAAUAAGUCCAAUUAGUUUGGCCGAAAUAGGUCGAAAAAUUGUUGGAUUUCCAUUAAGCGUUUGGUUCGGACACCAAUACCAUUACGUCACCAGCGAUUUAAAUGAUGCAAAAAUAUUACUGACCCAUCCUAAAUGCUAUGAAAAAGCCGCGAUUUAUGAUAAUUUGAAAUUUUUUUUCGGAGAUGGACUUUUCCUGGCAUCUUAUGAAUUAUGGAAACAACACAGACGGCAUUUUGGUAAAAGCUUCAAACCUAAUAUGCUCAAAAUGUAUUUUUCAAGCCAAUACAGGCUAAGUUGUAAUCUAAUUCAAGAGCUCAAGCAGGAAAAAUGUCUUGAAAACAUAUACGAGUAUUUCUAUCUAUAUUCUUUCAACAGUUUCUUUAUAAGUGCCCUGGGGCUUGAUGAAGACGAAAUAUUUUUCGACAUACGUCGUUUUGGUCAACUAGAGAGCAAAGUUCAAGAAUUAUUGGUAGGAUUAUUAUUUAACCCAUUUGUCUCACCUACAAUUUGGACCAAAUGGUUUCCAGCAGGAAAAGCAGCAGAUAAAGUUAUCAAUGAAGGAAUCCCCUUUAUUACGGAAAUUAUCAAGAGAAGAAAGAAACAACACAAAGAUAUUCUUUCCUAUGUUGAAAAUAGUAAUGAAGUUUGCCUAAUAGAUUUGAUAUUAACAGACUACAAUCAAAUUUCAACUGACAGACAAAUAUUUAAUCAAGUAACUUUAUUUUCCGCUGCAGCUACUGAAACUACAGGAUUUGCACUAAGCUGUUGCUUUAUUUCAUUAGCAAUUUAUCCAGAUAUUCAAGCAAAAGUCUACGAAGAAAUAAUAGAUACAAUUGAGGAUUCAUAUGAAGACAUUUCAAAUCUCAAGUAUACUGAAGCAGUGCUUUGGGAAACUCUAAGGCUAUUUUCACCGGCUCCGUUUAUAGGCAGAAAAUGUGACGUAGAUAUAGAUUUAGGCGACAAAGUGCUUCCAGCAGGUGCUUCGUGCCUCAUAAGUGCUUACCAUAUUCACAGAGACCCCACAAAUUGGGUCGAACCUUUAAAAUUCGACCCUUCAAGAUUUCUUCCAGAGAAUCAGGCUAAAAUAAAACCGUAUUCUUUUCUAGGAUUUUCUGCAGGAUCAAGAGAUUGUAAAGCACAAUCGAUGCUGCUAAUGAAAAUGACUGUUGCGAGUGUUGUGAGGAACUUCAAAAUAACCACAGAUUAUAAAUCAAUUGACGAUAUUCAACUUGAAUCUGCCAUUACGAUGCGGCUUGUUGAUAAUUGUAAUUGUUAUUUUGAGCCUAGGAAAUAA